AGGUGCUGCUGUGGUGGCGGCCGCGGGGCUGAGGCGGGUGGCAGCCGGAACCGAGUGCGUGCUGAGGGAGGAGGGCGGUGACUGGAGAGCGACGAGCGGCGCGGGACCCGGAGUCUCUUCCACUUUUUCCUUCCCGAGCGCCCCCUCCCACCCCUCCUACUCCGCAUACACCCUGUUUGCCCGUGAGCCUGGGGAACUUGCAGCUUAAAGCCAGCCACCCCCACAGCAACAUGUACCCCAGCAACAAGAAGAAAAAGGUGUGGAGAGAGGAGAAAGAACGUUUGCUGAAGAUGACCGUAGAGGAGAGACGCAAAGAAUACCUAAGGGACUAUGUUCCCUUGAACACCAUCCCGUCAUGGAAAGAGGAGAUGAAGGGCAAGAGCCAAAAUGAUGAAGAAAAUACUCAGGAAACAUCACAGGUGAAGAAAAGUUUGAGUGAAGAAGUUUCUCUCUAUAGAGGUGACAUCACAUUGCUAGAGGUAGAUGCUAUAGUCAAUGCUGCAAAUGCCAGUCUUCUUGGAGGUGGAGGUGUGGAUGGCUGUAUUCACAGAGCAGCUGGCCCCUGUUUGCUCGCUGAAUGUCGCAACCUGAACGGCUGUGAAACUGGACAUGCAAAAAUCACGUGUGGCUAUGACCUGCCUGCAAAAUAUGUCAUCCAUACCGUAGGACCAAUAGCCAGAGGCCAUAUUAAUGGUUCCCACAAGGAAGACCUUGCAAAUUGCUAUAAAUCAUCUCUGAAACUGGUGAAAGAAAAUAACAUCCGAUCAGUUGCAUUUCCCUGCAUCUCAACAGGCAUUUAUGGUUUUCCAAACGAGCCUGCUGCAAUCAUUGCCCUCAGCACCAUUAAAGAAUGGCUGGCCAAGAAUCAGCACCAGGUGGAUCGGAUCAUCUUCUGUGUCUUCCUAGAAGUCGACUUCAAAAUCUACAAAAAGAAAAUGAGCGAGUUUUUCCCUGCAGAUGAUAAUAAUGAAGAAGAAGACAUUGACAUGAAAGAAGAUUCAGAGGGAUUAGAGCCAAAAGACCGCUCUCCACCCAACAAGAAGAGCAAAGCAAAGAAGCCAGAAGGCUCCAAAGACUCUAGCGAGGAUGAGAACGGUCCACAGGGAAAGCCAAGUGCCAAAGAAAUGGAAGGGCAGAGCCAAGAAGCAGGUGGUGCCAGCGCUGCCACCGUGCCCAGCCCUUCUUCAGAAGAGGCAGCUGAAGUGUCUAAAGAUGAAGAUUCUGCAAAGGAUGACAAUAUUACAAAAGAAAAUGAAGUAACAGAUCAUUCUGCAUGUGGCCAAGAUCAUCCCAAUGGACAAAAGAAUGAUUCAAUGAAGAAUGAAAUAAAAAUUGAGGCAGAGUCCCAGAGCUCAUAUAUGGAAACAGAAGAGCUUUCAUCGAACCAAGAAGAUACCAUGAUCGUGGAGCAGCAAGAAGUGAUUCCACUAACAGAUGACCAAGAAGAAGAAGAAGGUGAAAAAGCUCAAGGCGAGGACACACCUAGAGUUCCUGUGAAAAGUGAAGGCUCUGGUGACACAGAACAUUCUACAAGUCCUGACGUUGAAAUGAAUAAUCAGGUUGACAGUGUAAAUGACCCAACAGAGAGUCAGCAAGAAGAUUAACUAAUAAUAGGGGCACAAGAUGAAGCAAAGGAACAAAGAAAUGGAAGUAAAUGACAGUCCUCAGCAUUGCAGGCCUUCUGGCCCCGGG